CGGACGACGUGACUUCUCCACCCGUAGAUCUACGUAGAUGUCAACAAACGUGCGUUACGCGCCUAGCUAGAUAUCUACGGACAUACGGACUACGCGGCAAGUAGUAGUCUACUAGCGCUCUCGAUUCGUUACUUCUUUCUUUCCAAGUGCACCACCCAUCCGACCUCUUCAUCUUCACAACGAGGAAAAUUCUUCGAGUUUAGUUGCUACUGUGAGUGCAGUGGAGUGCUGGGGACUUGUUCUGUUUGGUAUAAAUCAUGGCUGCUUUGGCGGGUUCUUCUCGCUUGACACAGCGUGGACAAGCCACGGCUGGCGAUGGAGAUUCACCUUCGUCGCUAUUCGCUGCGACCCUGGAUAGCAGCAGCAGCACGCACAGCAGCAAGCAGCAACAGAAGCAGCAAUACGUACCAAGCUGUGCGUGCGGCCUCCUGGAUCAUCACCAGCUACCACGCUGGAUUCAAGUGAUCGAUGCCUCGCCGGGCUGGAUUCGAUCAUACCAUCGACCUCCGCAGGCGUCAGUGUCCGCAUGCCUGGCCAGCGUUUUCCAGUGGAAUUCAGAAACGGUGAACAUUUGGAGUCACUUGCUGGCUUUCAUGGGCACAGUGUACUUUCUCUACGACUUCGUUACCAACCAAUUCUUUUUCAAUACCAGGGACUAUGGUUUCUCGUUUGACGAGUUGUCGACCAUGGACAAGGUUGUGAUGCUGACGUUUGCCUAUUCGAGCCUUGCCAUAUUUGGCAUCUCCACUACUUUCCACACCUUCAUUUGCCACUCGCCUGGCGUUUCGGACCAGCUGAGAAGACUGGAUCACGUGGCUGCUGUCAAUCAUGUUGCCUGUGGCAUGUAUCCCAUCGUCUACUCGGCACUGACCUGCUCGCCGUACCGCUGGCACUACAUGUGGGCCAUUGCCAUUUCCUCCAUUGUCUGCAUGUGUGUCUUCUACUUUGCCGACGUGUACGAGCCGGAGAAGGCAUGGAUUCGCGGUACCAUGGCUCUGACAGUCGCUGGCAUCGCAACAUUUUCUCUUGUCCAUCACGGCACCUACAUCGGGUCUGAUGGGAUUUGGAAGGCCAUGGGCGGUGUGUGGCUCUUACGCAUGAUGUCCUGCAAUGCCAUGUCUUUCGUCUUCUACGUGCUGCAUUUGCCGGAGAGACUGUGGCCGGGCAAGUUCGACCUCGUGGGGCACAGUCAUCAGCUUCUCCACAUCGUGGCCACGCUGGCAACCCUGUGCCAGGCGUAUGCCAUUCUCUCGGCAUUCGGCUACAACCUGCACUCGCCGUGCGUGAUGUAGACAUGCGCAUUUCCAUACCAUGCACACUACAAUGAUGCGGGUCUGCUGUAGAGCUUAGUGCAGUGCCACCAACAGCAGCAGCAGCAGCAGCACUGAGUGCAGUAGCGACCCCUGGCACCCAUCAUCAGAGUCUACAUUAACAUCACCACCACCACUACCUUGCACUAUGACACCACCACACAUUCAUCAAGGACAGCAUGCAGUUCCUUGUCCUUGUGUCAUUUAGCCACCCAGUCUCCUCCUGUAUUCAACUUCCCGUCUCACGCUCUGGCACUCCACCUGCUUAGUACUGGUUUGUUUCCAUGUCCUGUUUUAGUAAUAAUGUAACGCUACAUAUGUGGUAAUGUCAUCAGUGAUCAGCGCAGUCACGCACUGUUGUGAGAUGAAUGUACUGGCUGUGACUACGGUCAUGUUGCCACGAUCCACCCACUAACUAAUACAUGUUUUUACCAAUACCAUGAUUGUGCAGCAUGCAUGCAUGCAUGCCAGCGUAACAUAAAAAAAGCUGCCUGUAGGAAUACAAUGUACGAAGUAGGUGAGCCAGCUUGCCAUACCACCGAGCGACACUGCCCUCCUGUUCGCGCCUUGUGCUAUGUUGUUAUGUUGUACUAAUUACAGUUUUGCAUGGCUCGUUCCGCUUUGCCAACUCUAUCCAAACUCUUAGACAAAUUAUGCCAUCCAGAUCUACAACUCGACAAGUUUACCUUAGGAUUUUCCUAUUCUAGCCUAUUUUCUCAUUUUCUCAUUAUCCCUGUUACCAUGACUACCUUAGGUACCUUUAUGAGUUCUUUUCAAAUUCACACCUUCCACCAGAUGAAAGCCAAGUGUUACACGGCAGCUAUAAAUCUGCACUUGGAGCUUAACCGACAAUAAUAAUAAGUUAUCCGUUAA